GUUAUGCAAUAUAAUCAUAAUUAUUAAUUUUGGUUGCUUAAUGACAGUAUUAAAAAAUGAUCUUAACUAAUUAUUAAUCCUUCUUCCCUUUGUCUCCUUUUAAAUCCCCGAAACCCUCCAUGAAGCAGCAGGCCCAAUACCCUAGAACACAAGCAUUUUGUUAUAGGAGAAGACAGGAGCUAGCUAGGAGAUAUGCGAUCACCAAAUUCAUCCAGGAAAGGCACAAGGAUCACUUCUCUCCAUGCUUCACAUGGCUUCUCUUCCUUCUCCGAAAGCUCACUUCCGCAGGAAAGCUUCGCAAGGUGUAGAACUCCUGCAAAAUUCCCAUUGCCGCUACUAAGCCAGUGAAUUCCAUUGCAAUUGGAAGCCGAAACCAGGGUUGCUCUAGCCAAGUCAAUGGCGAAGUUAUCGCUCUUAGGUGUUUCUCUUGCUGCAUUUUCUAUGGGAAAAUCUCCAUCCGAACGUUGGAAGAUAAGUGGCGUUGUUGCUUUGGGAAGGCACCGCUUGAAGGAUGCGCCGCUUACAAAAACUGCGUCAUCUGCUGUACCAAACUUAAUGAAGACACAUCCUUUAGUUGCAUUGUCUAUGGGAGGAAAUCCAUCUCAACGUUGGAGGAUAAGUGGUGUUGUAUUUUUGGGAAAGCGCAACUUGAAGGAUAUUCCUGAUGAAGUUUGGAAUUGUGCAUCGUAUAUUAGAAUAUUGGAUAUCAGCAACAAUCACAUUCAAGAAUUGCCAGAGAAAAUUGGUACUUUAAAGUCGUUGAAUAAACUUUACCUGAAUUCAAAUGAUUUAUCUGAUGAGAAGAUUAACUGGGAUGGCCUUAUGCAGUUGAAGUCUUUAACAAUAUUAUCUUUUAACAGUAACAGAUUAGCUACUUUGCCACCUUCUGUUGGUAGCUUGACCUCUCUUACUCAACUCCAUAUUGCAAAGAACAAAUUAACAUGCAUACCAGAUGAACUAGGUUGUCUGAAUCAGCUUCGAGUUCUUAAGGCAAACUGCAAUAGUAUAAGCUCGGUGCCUGCAACAAUUGGAAAUUGUUCCUCCCUUGCUGAGAUAGAUUUCUCAAAUAAUUGUUUGACCAAAUUACCAGAAACAUUUGCAAAUUUAAAAAGUUUGAAGAUUUUGCAUCUGGAUAACAAUGGUGGCCUAAAUUCGCUUCCUUCAAAUUUGUUUGAAAUGUGCAGAGAACUGAUUUUACUUGAUGUUGAUCUCACAGGAAUCACAGUUAGUCAUCUUCGUCAGAUGGAUGGAUAUGAAGAAUAUGAUGUUCGCCACCGUCGGAAGCUUCAAAAGACACUUGAUUUUAAUUUUGAAUCAGCAAAAUCAUUUGAUGAUGAUAAUCAACGAAAGAGUUAAUGAUAAGUAUAAGCUGAAUAG